AUGAUCACACUGAUCAACCUCUCUCGACUUUCUUUGACGAGUUCAAGUGCCUCACUAACCUUUCGGACUGUGCAAGUCUUCCUUCUCCUUUCAGAUGAACACCACAAUUUGCUUCCCGAGUCUGCUGAAAGGCCACUCCUCCCUCUGAAGCUUUUUGAACUCAUCACCCACCUCGAACAGUGA